GAGCAAGCCGGGGCGCGCAUGUCCAGUUCCUCCAUGCAGACUGCUCUCCCAGAUCGCCAAUCAUUCUAGCGAGUUUCCCCACUCUUUCGCUCUCCCCGUCUGUACAUGUGCACCGGACUCACAGCUCUCUCCUGAAGCGGACACUGCAGGGGGAAGAAACGCAACGAACCCACCAUGGAAUAGGAAUACUACUGUGGCAAAAACGGGGGAAACAAACCUCUCUCUCUCGUCUUUCUUCUUUUUCCCCCUUUUCCUGACGCCUUUUCUAUCUUUCGCAUCUCCCCUCUCUCUCUCGAUGUCUCUCAACAGUUUCUGAAGGGAUUGAAGGAAAGGGAAAAAUGAGGAUUAAUAUUUUUUCUUGGCACUUUCUCGGGGUGUAUUCCGCCCUUUGGGGGCUGGCGACAGGGGCUUUCCCCAGCUCAGUGCAGAUAGGUGGACUGUUCAUUAGGAAUACUGAUCAGGAGUAUACGGCGUUUCGGCUAGCUAUCUUCCUUCACAACACCAGCCCUAAUGCUACGGAAGCUCCCUUUAACCUGGUGCCCCAUGUCGACAACAUAGAGACCGCCAACAGCUUUGCAGUCACCAAUGCAUUCUGUUCUCAGUACUCGAGGGGGGUCUUCGCCAUCUUCGGCCUUUACGACAAACGUUCAGUGAACACGCUGACGUCGUUCUGUGGGGCCCUGCACAUCAGCCUCGUGACACCCAGCUUCCCCACCGAAGGAGAGGGCCAGUUUACGCUGCAGCUCCGACCGUCCAUCAGAGGGGCUCUGCUGUCACUGUUGGACCACUACGACUGGAACAAAUUCGUCUUCCUCUACGACACAGACAGAGGUUAUGCAAUACUGCAGGCAAUUAUGGAGAGAGCAGGGCAGAACGGAUGGCAGGUGAGCGCAAUCUGUGUGGAGAGUUUCAAUGAAGCAUCAUAUCGCAGACUCUUAGAGGACCUGGAUCGACGGCAGGAAAGAAAAUACGUCAUCGACCUGGAGCCUGAGAGACUGCAGAGCAUCCUAGAACAGGCCGUUAGUGUGGGGAAGCACGUAAAAGGUUACCAUUACAUCAUAGCAAACCUGGGUUUUAAGGACAUAUCUCUGGAGAGGUUCAUGCAUGGUGGGGCCAACGUGACCGGUUUCCAGCUGGUGGACUUCAGCAAGCCUAUCGUCAUAAAACUGAUGCAGCGCUGGAACAAACUGGAUCAGAGAGAGUAUCCUGGAUCUGAAAGCCCACCUAAGUAUACCUCCUCUCUCACUUAUGAUGGCGUCCUUGUAAUGGCCGAAGCCUUCCGCACCCUUCGCCGUCAGAAAAUCGACAUCAGUCGCCGCGGCAAUGCUGGCGACUGCCUGGCCAAUCCAGCUGCUCCCUGGAACCAAGGAAUAGACAUGGAGCGGGCGCUCAAACAGGUGCGCAUUCAGGGCCUGACUGGAAAUAUUCAGUUUGACCACUAUGGUCGGAGAGUGAAUUACACCAUGGACGUGUUUGAACUGAAGAGCAAUGGACCACGCAAGAUUGGGUACUGGAACGACAUAGACAAACUCGUGUUGGUCCAGAAUGAAAAUGCUCUGUCCAAUGACAGCUCAACGAUGGAGAACCGGACAGUUGUCGUGACAACCAUCAUGCCUCUGAUGAUGAGGAAGCCUCUGCAGCGACACUGAUGCCGAGUCUGCAGACUGAACAAAGGAAUGAAACACAGACUCACCUGAGUUGCAAACCUUCGGGAAAGACUGUGAACAGACAGACUGAUAGAGUUUCUCUAAAGACUGUUUUGAUUUUGCCAUUUUCUUCAUGUAUAUAUAUUUUUUUGAGAUGGUGAUGUUUGGUUCUGAUAUCAUUACUCUGUUGAGAAAUGCUUUGUCCUGCAGUUAUGAUUGCAUGAAGAACAAAUGAAUGAAUGAAUGAAAAGGAGAUUCAUGGACACUAUGUUUUAAGCCUGAGUUGCCUCGCUUGCUGUGCUCCUGUCUUCCUCUCAUGAGAAAAGCCACAGCUGGAAGAGAGCUCCGUGAGGGAUUCUGUGGCCUCUGUCAAGGUCUGACAUUUGGCCGCACAAAAUCACCAGACUGUGGAACAGCACUCUUAAUUCAGAUCCUUUCACUCUUUUCGAGGACACCAGAGUCACCUCCAUCCACUACGUUACGCUGCAAAGUACCAGCAGGAGAAACUCGACUCAGCUAUAAAUUUUUUUUCUAUACUUUUUACAUUGUUUUUAAUUUUUUUCUCAAGAGAAAGCGUUGGAAGAGCCAGGAUUAUCUGUCAGUCCUGCAUUUUGGAGCUGUCGUCUUUUGAUACUGCUCUCCCUCCAUCUUCAUCUUUCUGCCCUGUCACUCUGUAAAUCUACUCAGUCAUGGCUACUCGGUCACCUUUCCUCUAUCGAGUUCCUCUGUGAGGGUUUCUGAAUCUCAACAACUAAAUAUAAAGUUAAAGUCAAGAAAUUCCUCUAGUUUUGGGCAACAGUGGUGGCAUUUGCCUGUAACCCUUUGAUCUCAAAAUUAUUAUUAUUGACCAUUAUUCAUGUCUUAACUUGCAUUUGGUGUUACUUCCACAAUAAUAUUGUGAUUGUUUUUGCACACAGCAGAUGUGAAAGUACAUUAUGUUAAAAAAAAAAUACUCCCCCGAUAUUUUCAGUUAUAAGUGACCAUACACUGACAUGCAGUGGAUGCUGGCAAUGUCUCCACUGAAAUGAAAAAUGAGAAGUGACUGUGUACACCCAUUUACACAAACACAUAGCUGCUGCCAUGUAGGUCAUUCACACAUGUAGGCUCUUCCAAUUUCACUCAAUAAGAGGUAAACACACAUGUGCAUUAACACAAACAUAACCUUUACUUUAUUGCUACUGGCCUUUACUAAUGUGCUUUUACUGUAUUCCAUCCCAAAUAUAGACCCUCAAGGAGAUGAGAAUGUCUGGUUUGUGCUUUUGCUUCGGCUUCAAUUCAUUUGACAUACACACAGCACGCCUUUAGUAAUGUUUGACUGGGUUUAAUAUAAUGCAACAUUAAAUAUAUCUAAUCAGUUCAAUUGGAUUUUCAAUUUGUAUUUUAAUGUUUUGAAUUAUUAAAACUACGCCAAUGCCGGUGUGCGUCAAAAAAGCAUUCAUUCAUUGUUAAACUCUCCUCUAAUGUAUUCAUCAGUAAAAGGGCAAUGUUCCUCUUCUUGGAGGCUCUUCAGGAUAAAUAAGGAGAUGUACUCUGAGACACAGAGCUGCCAAAGACAAAUUCAAAUGAGCUAGAUGACGCAAUUAUAAAACCAAAACAUAUACAAAUAUACAACAUUUUUCAAAGGUUGGCCUCUCGUAUUGUAUGUUCUGGUUAAGUGGAUGAUAAACUAGUGAUUUACUGUUUACCAGGUACAAAGUCUACCAGGUAGACUUGCUAGUUCCCUGGUAGUUAGACUAAGUAAGCAGCUGACUGACAUAUUACUGUUUUUUGUGGGAAUCUGCAUGAAAAACAAAUUAACUGUCAAACUAGCUGAUUAGGUGACUGACCAGCUGUCGUGGUAACUAACGGGCUGGUUAAUGCAGCAGCCGGCAGUGUCACUGGUCGACUGCUCAAAUGUCUGACUAACUACUGAAUUGCCCCGCUGCCCUCAUGGCUAAAUAGCUGGGAGAUAAUCAUGCAGACUCACUGGCCAGAGAUGUGACUGGAUAGAUGAUUAAGUUCUGUAAUUGCAGUAAUUGCUUAAUAAACGGAUUGAUUGACCAACUGACUGACUGAAACAGCCUGUGACUGACGGACUGACUGUCUGGUUUUCCUCUACAGUCUUCUGAAUGGAUGACUCGCAUUCCGGCUAACUUGUUAUGUGACAAUCAGGCUUUCUAAAUGCUGAACCGAGCGUUGGGUUGGCAGGUUGAAUGAAUGACUGGGCAGUUAGGUGACUGUCCAGUUGGGCGCCUGUCUUCUUUGCUGCUUGGCUAACUGGCUUACAUAGCAAGUCCUGUUUGCCUUUUUGGCUCCAGUGUGAAGUGUUUCAUGUCUUAUCAGCCCCAACCAUUUGCUUCUACAAAGCUGUUCUCCCUCUUUCACCCACCCAUUUCCCCUCUUUAUGUCUGUCUUUCAGCCCAUCCCCUCUCUCACUUGCUCUCUCUUCUUCUCCUCCAUUUUUCUUUUUGUCAUAUUCCCUCCUUCACUUAAUCUCUCCUUCACACUUUCUCUUUUUUCUGCUUCUAUCUAUCUUCCAUUCUCCCUGUGGCUAUCUCUGUUUGUAUUCUGAUCUGUUCUCUCAUCUUUCCUCUGUAGUUUCAUGCAGUCCAUACAACCCACAUCCCUCUCUCUCCUCCUGUUUCUCUUUGCCUCCUUUCCCCCCCUCCCUUCAAACCACUGAUUUUUGGUCCUGUUUCGUCCUCUCUUGUUUCUUCUUCUCACCUCCCAUUUCUUGUCCUGCCCUGACUCAUGAUGCCACAUUAGGCAACAGCCAAAUGUGAUGCUUUCUUCCCAGCACCAACAUCUAACACACACAGCCACCUUCACUCACAGCAUUGGCAUUAGUACCUUCACACCAAGACAAAAACGUCUGGAGCAAACUGAUAAGAAGCCUUGAGGAGGCAUUAAAGUGAAACACAGUCACUGUUGCCGGAGUUCCCACUGAUAUGCAUAUAUCUUCAUGUUUGUGUCUCUUCAUGUAUAGCUGCCCACAUAACAGUAAAUUAACUCAGAGAAGUAGCCUUCUCUGAUUUCAUAUACUUGACCUGGUAACUGAGAUGCCGUAUUCUCCUUAAUUCAAAUGAAGUAAAUGAAUCCCCUUAAGAAUCCUGGCUUAAUCUGAAAAAACAAAGAGAACAGAGCAACCGCUUUCUCUACGGGUCAGGGCCAGAUAAGACUUCUGAUUUGGGAGCCAGUCAGCUAAUAUAAAUAUAUAGGCGGCACUUUCUAAACAAAUCACAUUGAGAAUGAACAUGCUCAUUACCUGAAGUGUGGAGAUUAGUGACACUCUCAUGGCAAUAAAUCCAGCUCCUUACGCAGGGUGAACACCAAAAUCUGCAACCAUUUUACAUGUGAAGCAAGUUGCUAUACAUAAUAAAAAUAAUUCUAAGUUUAUAGAUACUAUUGUGAUUUCACAGUUUAGAAAUUACCUUCAGAUCUCUGUUUUAAUGUUAUUGCAGUGUGUCAUGUGUAAAUCAACACUUUCUACAUGUCAACCUGAAAUCGAAUGCUGUGUGUAGUAAUUUUACUGCCCAGAAUUAAGAUGAGACAGAUAAACUUUACUGAUCUCUUUAGGGAAUGUCACAGGUCACUAAUUAAACGUGAAUCAAUCCUUUCUCAAACACUUCAGUGUCGCUGGCAUGAAUAAACCUAGUGGUACAAGUGCCUUCUUCAUGAAGCCAUUAAUCAUGACUUUGUGAUGUUUACAUGAAAAGUUAUUAGGAGGUAUGUUGGGCUGCUGCAGGGAUGGGUUAGCUGGAGCCAGCAGCAGGUUAGCUGCCUGAAGGUAAAAAGUAAUAAUGUACCACUCCUAAAGCUCCCUAAUUAACACGUUCCAUCUCAUUUGUUGGGAUGUUAUAUUUCCCAGCUGGUCCACUGCUUGCCUGCAGCCUGAUGGUGAGGACAAGACUCAUCAUGCUAAGCUAAGCUAACCAAGUCUUGGCUGCAGCUUAAUAAUUAACUUACAGAUAUGAGAGUGGUAUCACUGGUCUCAUCUAGCUCUCAGCAGGAAAGCGAAUAACCCUAUUUCCCAAAAUGAUUUCUUUAAAACUGACUUUGAUAUCUCUGAAUGAGAAUUGCUGAAUUAACAGUGAAUAAAAUGACUGCAUGGAGUGCUGAUCCUUUCUCUGCAUUAGACGGGUAGAUCACAAUCACUGUACAAAAGCUCCACGUUUAAUGUUUCCAAACGUUUGAAUUUGUGCUUCAUCAUAUUCAAAGCAGUCUGCCCAGUAAUUAAAAUGUUUUUAGGAUUUUUCUUAAGAAUGUAACGUUACAUCUAUGCGUAAUACAAGCUGAGCUAAAUAUUCCCAAACGGCUGCUGCUACAUCUGCUUUACUUUCAUUUUGCUGUAGGUUUUUGUUUGACCUCCAUCUUUGUGCUGAAACUGUUAUGUUUCAUUGAAGAAUGUACCAAACAUCGCAAGCAGUUAAGUGUCAUUCAUUUGAAGAAAUGCUCUAUUUAAAUUCUGUCAAUAAAAACACGUUUCAAGUGCAUGUUCCCUCACAAACUGCAAUAUCGAAUAUUCUCUGAAAUUCUCUAGCCAGUUCGUAACACAUCUGACUGGGAGCCAUCAUCGCAAAACAAUAAAUAAUACUGAUUUGAAAAAAUUGAAUCACACAGUAAAUGGUACAGUAUGACCAGCAAGACAACUGUGAACAAGCAAACAGUAGUUGGGUUCCAAUGAUGAAUCCACCAGUGAUGACCUUUAAAGCAUGAUUUUCAGAGCACAUCCUCAUUUUGUUUAAUCUGUGCUACAAAGCUAUGUUCGUGGCUCCAUGGAUGUGUCAGAGGGCAUUUACUUGAAACUGUUUUGCUCUUCAUUAACAUUAUGAUUCAUGUUGAGUCAAUGGAAUGAGUGCCCCGGGAACCGCUAAUGUCUCUGAUAAUGACAUUUGAGGAGAAAUGUUUUUGUAUGUUCUGACAUCGGACACAAAAGGGCAAAUUUUUUGGUAUUUGGUGAUGAUAAUGAUGAUGGUGAUGAUGAAAAUGUGAAGUGUUUGAGUUCUCAUUUGCGUGGUUGGUUUUGGAAGAAAUCUGUUUUAACAAAUGUAAUCCUGAUGAGUGAAUAAUGGCUUGUAAGAAAUGUGAGAAUGGAGUGCUCUGGGUGUUUUUUCUUUGUUUUAAAAUGUGGCUUUGUCUAUGAAUCUUUCAUAUGUAAAUGUAAAGUGAUUUUCAUUAAUUUCCUUUUGUUGCUGUUGCUGUUUGUUCAUGCAAAAGGAAAUGGGCAUGCACUUCCUAGGGGAAAUUUUGAUGUUGGGAAAAAAACACUCAUUUUCCUUCUGCAAAGCAUUUAACAAAGAAAACAGGUUAUUGGUGAUGAAGUAUUCUUUAGAUUUAGAAACAAACAGAGUCCACAGAAAUGCUUGGAGCUCUGCAAACUUCAGCACAGUGGCAGCAUUUGAAUAUGCUCAAAAUAUCAUUGAUGUGAUUUAAAUGUCAUCAAGCAUAUUUUGUCCUAUUUGACCACAUCAGUCUGGCAGAAGCUGAUGUGAAUGCCGCUAUGCAGAUAUUUAGUCCUAAAUCAAUGUACUGAACAGAUACUAUAUUCAUAUAAAAUGAUGAAUUAUUCACACAUGUGGAUAAAUGUAAGCCCGUUGAAUACCCAUAUUGAAAAAAAGAAAUCCUAUUUUACUCUUAGUCAUACACAACUACAACUCAACGAUUUAAUUUCAACCUCCUCGUUUGCUGAGCAGAAAGAGGAUCGAUACAUAAAUCCAACUUCCCUUUGUAGGUUUUGUUUGUGUUGUUCAGAUCUUAUUGUACUGAUUUGAUCUCGCUGCCUGCCUGCCUCUGGGCUAGACUUGUUUUCUAUGUACUUUAAUUUCCUGGAUUGAAGAAUCUUCCAUCGAUUCCACCCAGAUCCACGAUAGAGUGAUUUUGUUUCUCAUUUGACCCUUUUUCAAAAACAUGUCAGCAUAAAUAUCUUCCUUGAUUAAACUGUGCUUGUUUUCA